AGGGCGGUCGGUUCGCGCGGAGGGUAGGUUGAGAAGUCGGUCCCGCGGCCGAGUUUGCACCUCAAAGCGUCCGUGGAGCUGCCGACCCGCCGCAGAUUCCUUCCGACAUGCUCAACUCUAGCGACCUCUUCGUUUCCAGGCCUCUCGCCUACCGAGGGAGCAGCAUGAUGGAUGCAGAGGACCACAUGCUGGGCUGGAACAUCCCUCCAGAAUUCGCGAGUCUGGUACACCCUCACUGGAAACAGUUUCCUGCAGUCGACAUGGGUUCCCAUUUCAUGAUGGCUGCCAUCUACGCCAUGUUAAUGAUAAUGUCCCUCCUUGGAAACUUCAUCGUCAUCUAUCUCUUCUUCACAUCUAAAAGCCUACGGACGCCCUCAAACGUUUUUGUUGUGAAUCUUGCUGUCUUCGACUUGACGAUGAUGUUGGACAUGCCCAUGCUCGUGGCCAACUCCUUCUACCAGCGCCCCAUAGGUUGGCAGUUUGGCUGUGACCUGUAUGGACUCUUUGGAUCCAUCGCAGGAAUCGGAUCUGCCAUCAACAAUGCCAUCAUUGCCUAUGACAGAUACAGGACCAUAGCAUUUCCACUAGAUGGCCGGCUCAGUUUCAAGCAGGUCAUGCUACUGGUGCUGUUUGCUUGGGGCUACACCCUCCCCUUCUCCCUCUUGCCGCUCAACCAGACCUGGGGCAAAUACGUCACAGAGGGUUACUUGACCACAUGCUCCUUCGACUACUUAACACAAGAUGAGAGCACACGUGUAUUUGUGGGAGCAAUCUUCUGCUACUCCUACUGCAUCCCUAUGUUCCUCAUCAUCCUCUUCUACUCCCAGCUGAUAGGACAUGUCCGUCAACACGAGAAGAUGCUCAAAGAACAGGCCAAGAAGAUGAAUGUAAAAUCCCUGGUGAGUAACCAAGACGCAGCUCAGAAGAGUGUUGAGAUCCGAAUCGCCAAAGUCGCUCUCACCAUCUUCUUCCUGUUUGUUUGCUCGUGGACACCCUAUGCCUUGGUAGCCCUCAUCGGCACUUACGGAGACAGGUCAGUUCUGACUCCUACGGUGGGAAUGAUCCCGGCUGUGGCAGCUAAGAUCGUAUCCUGCAUCGACCCUUGGGUCUACGCUAUCAACCACCCAAGAUUCAGGGCGGAACUCGCCAAGAAGUUCCCAUUCUUGGGAGGUGGGGAUGAACCUGUCUCUGACACCGUUUCUGUGGCGACUGAGAAAACACAAACCUCCGAGAACCCUAAUGCUUAGUUUUCGGACUCUGGUGACGGACUGGAACGACUAUGGACAUGACUCCGAACUGCUUAAAAGUCGGUAUUCAGUGACAUUGGUGAAAACAAUUAUGGCUCCUUUUUUUUAACCAUCAUUGUCACUACAUGCCUACUUGUGAGCCUUAUAUUUAACUAUAGUUUGUAUAAAUACAACCUUCCUUAUAUUAGGGAUUUUGCUUGGUUCACCUUGUAUUCACUUUGUUUUCUGUAAAGUUAAACCUUCUGCUUUACCAAGUGCCCUUCAUGUUUUUGUAAAUUAUUUUAUUUGUAAAAUAAAGUUACCUGAAGCAAGUGAA